AUGUUAGAUGCACUUAUUGAAGUACAUAAAAAUACAUGCUAAAAAGAAGAUUGUGUAUUUAGGAUUAAAAAACAAUUGAAUUAAAGAUUGGCAAAAUCAAAAGAUACAAAUUUAUCUUAAAGAGAUUACUAGAUACAAUUAUUAAUUGGGGAGAUAUAUUCAGGAUAUAUUAGAAGACAUUAGCAUAACGUAAGAUUAAGAAUAAAUUAUGCCUUUUAUUUACUUGAUUUUUUAAAAUAAAAAUAACAAUCUUUAAAUGAAUUGAAUUAAAUAGAAUUAUUAUCACCCAGCUUGGAUAAUGAAUUUAUAAUUUUUAGAUAUAAGAGGAUAAUUGAAGAUGAAAUGAACAUGUCAUAAAAUGAAACUCUAAAUGGUAAUUUAGAUGUAGCAACAGAAAUAGCAUUUUAAAAUAAUAUGAGAAGUUUUUAAAAUAAAAUAGAGAGAGCAACAUUAAUGCAUAUGGAUUUUUGGUCUUAAUUAUAAGAAGAUUCACCUGAUUUAGGUAAAAUGAAUGAUAUUGGAUCUAAAAUUAAUUUAGCUAUUACUUAAGUUGAAGAAUUAUGGAAUAAAAUGUAAAAAAUGACUUAAAAUUUACCUAAAGCUAUGAGAUUAUAUGCUAAAUUUAUUAUUGAAGUACUUUAAGAUAAAGAAUAUGGAGAAUCAUUAUUAGAUAAAUCUAAAUUAUUAUAAACAUAAAAUAAUAAAAUGAAAAAUAAAUAAAGUAUAUAGGUGUUUAGUAGUGAUGAUAUUAAUUUUGAACCAUUACCUACUUUAUUAGUGUCUACAUCACCUGAUAAAUUUACAUAAAUUUCUAAUUUAAAUUUAAGUGUUUGUAAUUUAUUAGGAUAUCAUAAGACAGAAUUGAUAAAUAGGAAAAUAAAUCUAUUGAUUCCAUAAAUAUUUGCUAAGUUUCAUGAUAAUUAUAUUGAAAUGUUUUUGUAGAGUAAUGAUUAAUCAAAAAUUGCAAAAGAAAGAUUAGUAUAUAUUAAAUUAAAGUCAGGUUACAUUAUGCCUUGUUAUAUAUGUAUGAAAGCAAUAUAAUCAUUUGAUGAAAAUAUUGUAAUUGUAGCUUAAUUUAGAACAUUACGUACCUUCAAAAUUGGAUGUUAUUUAAUUCUUAAUAGCGAUGAUGCAAUUGAAUGCAUUUCUUCAUCUUGUAUUUGCUGCUUAUUUAUAGAUUAAAAAAUGAUUAGCCAUAGAAAAAUCUACUUUAAUGAGUUAUUUCCAGACUAUAACAGGAAUGAGUAUUUAAAUAAGACAGGUUGUGUAAUAAGUUUGAACUUACAAUCCAAUCUAGUUUCAAACUCAAAUUAUCUAUAAUAUUAUAUUAAUGAAUUAGAAGAUCAGACAUAGAUUUUAUUUUAAAUAUAAGUUACUGAAAUUUCAAAUGAAUAUUAAGAUUAAAUUAUUGGAUAUGUAAUAAAAUUAGAGAAGGUGAGUAAUGAUUAGAGUUAAAUUUUGAGUCCUGAUUUAUAGCAAUAAUUAGUUGUACCGAAUUUAACUAUGAGCAAUUUUUAAUUUAAAUAUUUUGCUGCAAAAGCAUUAUAUCUUGGAGAAAACUAAGAAGAUGGAAAUUCAGCUAGAGUUGAUUAAACAGUUAUUUGGGAGCAAUCAUCUAGAUUGAGUGAAGAAACUCAAGUUGAAAAGAAGGAAAAGGUAGAGGAAGUAAAAGUUGAAAGAAUUAAUUAUGGAGAAGGAAUAAGAACAUUAAAAUUAUUUGAUAAUAGAAUUUAAGAUAUUGAAGAUAUUAGAAUGAGCUUUACAGAUUAAGAUGAAGUCUAACAUUCAAGUGUAUUUUAGAAAAAUUAAGAUAAUCCAGAUGAGAUUGAACAAGGCCAAAGGAAUAAUGUAUUUAGAAAUAGGAAAGCUUUAAAUUCUACAAUAAAUGAUUAAUAAAGACCUAAAGAAAUAGUACUUUUAAGUUGUAUCAUAAAUAUUUUGAUGGUGGCUGUUCUAACAUUAUCAUUUACAUCAUAUUUUUUAGGGUUGUAUUUGUUUGAAAAUAUUCAAAACUCAUUAAAAUUAAUUUAAUAUGCAAGUUUAAGAAAUCAAGAAAGUACUCAAGUUGUGAUGAAUGUUUAGAAUUUAGAAAUGUUGAGGAUUGGAAUAUGGAAUUUGACAGAAUCAGAAGCUAUUAUCUAUGAAAAUGAAUAAAGAAAUGAAUUAAAUAAUUCAAUUUUGGCAUUAACAGAUGCAAAUAAAAAAAUAAUGUUAAAUGAAUUAUAUAUAAAUGAAUAAAUUGAAGAAUUACAUUCAAAGAGUGUUGUAAAUGUUAGAAUUUCAAAAAAUAGUUUUUCUUAUUAUGAUUUAAUUGAAGCCACUUAAUAAAUAAUUAGUAAGGCUCUUAUAAUUAGAGAUAAGCCUUUAUAAAAUUUGACAUUAGAUGAUGAAGAUGCCACUUUUAUUACUUAUAAUUUACAUAAUGGAAUUAUAUUCUCAUAUCGUAAUGAGACAAGUUAAUAUUCUAAUGGAAUACAAGAAUUGACAGAGAAUAAUAUUAAAAUCUUUUUUAUUUUUUUAAUAGUAGCUGCAAGUUCCUUUUUUAUAUUAUUGAUAAUUAUUAUAAUUCUUAUAAUAUAGAUAAAUUAGAUAUAAGAAUAAAUAUUACAAUUAUUUAUGGAGAUUCCAGAAAAAACAAUUAAAUAUUUGUAUAACAAAAGUGAAAAUUUUAUCUCGAAUUUAUAAGUAGGUGAAGAAGAAGAAUUAUCUUCUGAUUUCAGUGAUGAAGAAUAAGAUGAACAUAAAGAACUCAGUAGAACUCUUAAAUCAAAGAGGAAGAAGAAAAUUUUUAAGAAUACAAAUUCAUAACACAGAACAUAAAUACUUAUAAUUACAUUUAUUCUCUUUAUUUUUUAAGGAUAUUUCUUAUUAAAUUAUUUUCUAAAUCAAGUUACUUAUACUAACUUGAAAUAGUAGAUACCAGAAUUAAAUGUUACAGCCAGAAGUGGAUCAUAUUAUAGAUUUGUUGAUAAUUGUGAAAGGUAACUAUUUCUAAAUAGAGAGGAACCAAUCCUUUAAGAAGAUUCAUACUCUAUUGUAAUUAAUAAUAUACAAUUAAACUAUGAAGUCGACUCUGAUUUACAUUAAGAACAUGCAAAGAACUCAGAAAUAAUGAAUUAAAAUUAUUAUGACACUUUUUAAUAAAUUUUCAUGUUGAAUCCUUGUGAAAAAUUUGCAAAUAAAGGAUUUACAUAACUUGAAUAUUGUGAAACAUUUGCAAAUGGAUCUAUUUCUUAAGGUAUGGCAGUAGCAAUAGCAAGAUAUUUUGAGAACAUAAGGUACAUAAUGACAUUUUAUGACAUGUUUUAUGGAUAUCCUGAGGUUAAUUUCAGUAUUGUUGCCAGAGGUUGGGGUAGAUUUCGAAAUAUCACUAAUAACUCUGACAAUGUAACUAAUUAUAUCUAUAAUUUGAAUAAUUUCAAACAGACUACAGAAUCACGUAUUAUGCAAAAUAUAUUUUUAAAAGGUAUAAAAAUUAAAAUUUUUAAUUAGCUGCUUUUCGAUUUUUAUUAGAUGAAUUUUUGGCUGCUUUGAAAUAUGAUAUUGAAGUAACUCAAACUUAAUUAUUGGCAAUAUUUAUCGUUUUUGAAGUGCUGAUAUUUUUUGUGUAUUUCAUAGUUUGGUUACCAGCUUAGAUGAAAAUGACAAGAGACAUUUGGAGAACCAAAGGAUUGAUCUUGAUGAUUCCAUUACGUGUAAUAUAAAAGGUUAAAAUAAUUAAAUCCUUCAUUGGCGUUUUGAUUCACAGCUAAGAUAAGUGA